GGAGCGCAAAUCACUUUACUAGACGUGCCGUAGCUACUGUUCACAUCUACAGCAGAUCUGCCGGUUGUCUCACCAUGAACAUUAGUUUAGUGGUAAAUCCGAAUCCAGAAAGCUGUAGCGUAAAUGUCAGUGGAAAGGAGGUGCACGUCAUCACAGACGAAGAAAGAAACACAUUUGGACUGAACGACGCUAGGCUCAAAGAGGCUGUUGAGAAAACCUUUGGAAAAAGACCGAACGAUGUGUUCCUAUGCAGCCCAACUCCUUGGGGCGACCUCUACAAAACUUACAAUUGGAAGCAAGUCAAAACCAACAUGAUACCGUUCUCGGCCGAGAUCACUGAAAUGACGGCGCAACCGAGUAUUGUCAAGACAGCAAAGUUCACGAACAACAGCAGCGACGCAGCUACGUAUAAUGUUGCCGUCAGCGAAACGGUGAGCAACACGUCGACCAGUACAUGGAACACAGGAGGAAAGUUUACCACGUCUCAGACCAUCAAAUACGGUGUCAAAGUUCUUGGCAUUGGUGGCGGGGGCGAAACAUCAUUUUCCUUCGAGCAUUCGUGGGGAGAAGGCGGUUCGAAUUCACAACAAGUUACGUUGGGAUCAACAGUCGGUGUCAACGUAGAGCUUCAGCCAGGGAAAGGUAGAGAAAAUGUUUUGACAGCUACUCGAGGGGUGAUGAAAGCCCGAGUUACAUACAAGGCGCAUCUGAACGGUGGAAUAACUGCCAACUAUAAUCCAAGAUAUAAAGGUCAUCACUUCUAUUGCUUCGCUGUGGCUCAUGUCAUGGCCCAGGCUGGUAUUUCUAACAGCAUCACGUCAACCGAAGACAUUGAAAUCGGAUACUACUCCGACAGCACAAUUGACAUCAGAGAUCUCUAAUAGACGCUCCCUGACUCUGGCUAUCUGAUAAAUACGUUACAACCGUUUGUUGUCUAGUUAGAACGGUUGUUUUCUGACUCAAUGUAUUCUGCACG